GAUCAGUUGGGCGGGGGUAAUGUAAACAUUGGAAUUCCUUGAUACGUGUGAUUGGGAGAACUCAUUGCGGAACUAACUACUGAUCUGCGCACUACGUUCAAGUGAUCUACCACAAGCUGACGUAUUUCAGUGAGAAAUAUUAGUUUCACGAACUACUAUCAGGAAUGGCGUAUAGUUCUUACAGUCCGUCUGGGGAAGAAACAAAGGAUUUCACAACGACAUUCACCCAACAUGAUGUGACAUACACAAAUCCUUCGUACGAUAAAAUCGAUCACGAGACAGUUGAAAUAGACAUAAGUGAUGGCGAGGAUCUGGGUUCUAACAUGAACGGCUAUAGAGACUCCAAACUCGUAUAUGACGGCACAACUUGGGGUUCUGUAGCCGAUUUGAAAAAAUGGAAGAUACAACAGGACGAUGAAAAACACAGACUGACAACAAAAUGGAUGGCGUUGAUAUGGAUAAUUAUUGCAGUAGUAUUGGUUGUGGUCUUAGUCAUCGUCUUAUGUGUUCUAUUAAUUCCAACAGACACGGACGAUGUACUAGAUUCACCAGGACAAGUAUUUGUUGGAUCAAUGAAUGUGACUCACCUGAAUGGCACAGCUAUUGAAUGGAGCGAUAAAUAUGAAGACGAAACUUCAGACGAAUAUAAGGAGUUAGAAAAAGCAGUUACUGUAACGUUGGACACUAUUUACAAUAGUGGACCUGGUGAUUACUACAAUCAUUCAGAAGUGACAGGUUUCAGUGAAGGUAGUGUAGUUAGUCACUUCCAGCUUUAUUUCAAGAGACCUGCUGAGGACGAUGGCGUCACUAUCACUGAUGAGAGAGUAACCAAACUAUUAGUUACCGAACUUGAUGACGAGAAUGCCACUUAUUUAAUAGAUGUGGACAUAGAAUCUAUAGACAUAAUAGAAACAACACCGACAUCUCCUCCAGUAUUUACAAGUACAGUGGGAACAACUGUACAAAAGACAACCACUGCUAUACAUACUUCAGUACCCAUAUCUGCCCCACGAUAUACAACUACCAUGCCAACUCCACAGCGGAGCACAUCAACAGCAUCAACGUCAUCUACGUCAUCUGUGAGAACAGAAACAUCUACAAUGGCCGCUACGACAACUUCACAGGAAACUGACGCCCCCACAACCAUUACAAAAACAACUCUACCCAAGAUCACCUCAGAAGAGUCCACGCUGACUAACACAACGACUAUGACAGCAACUUCAACUACAACACCAACAGAAACAAUUGAAAUAACAUCACAGAAAAUAACAACUGACUUAGAAACAACUUCACUAAUCGCCACCUCAGAAGAGUCUGACAUAACGACUAAGGCAGAAACAUCAGCUACAACACCAACAAAUACAAUUAUAACAACUGAUUCAGAAACAACGUCACCAGUGGCCACCUCUGAAGGGUCUACGUUAUCUGACACAACGACUAAGAUGGCAACAUCAGCUACAACACCAACAGAAACAAUUGAAAAAACUUCACGGACAAUAACAACUGAUUCAAAAACAACUUCACUAAUCGCCACCUCUGAAGAGUCUGGCACAACGACUAAGGCAGAAACAUCAGCUACAACACCAACAGAAACAAUUGAAACAACUUCACAGGAAAUAACAACUGAUUCAAAAACAACUUCACUAAUCGCCACCUCAGAAGAGUCUGGCACAACGAUUGAGGCAGCAACAUCUGCUACAACACCAACAGAAACAAUUGAAAAAACGUCACAGAAAAUAACAACUGAUUCAAAAACAACUUCACUAAUCGCCACCUCAGAAGAGUCUGGCACGACGACUAACGCAGAAACAUCAGCUACAACACCAACAGAAACAAUUGAAACAACGUCACAGGAAAUAACAACUGAUUUAAAAACAACUUCACUAAUCGCCACCUCAGAAGAGUCUGGCACAACGACUAAGGCAGAAACAUCAGCUACAACACCAACAGUAACAAUUGAAACAAUGUCACAGAAAAUAACAACUGACUUAGAAACAACUUCACUAAUCGCCACCUCAGAAGAGUCUGGCACAACGACUAAGGCAGCAACAUCAGCUACAACACCAACAGAAACAAUUGAAACAACUUCACAGAAAAUAACAACUGAUUCAAAAACAACUUCACUAAUCGCCACCUCUGAAGAGUCUGGCACAACGACUAAAGCAGAAACAUCAGCUACAACACCAACAGAAACAAUUGAAACAACUUCACGGACAAUAACAACUGAUUCAAAAACAACUUCACUAAUCGCCACCUCAGAAGAGUCUGGCACAACGACUAAGGCAGCAACAUCAGCUACAAAACCAACAGAAACAAUUGAAACAACGCCACAGAAAAUAACAACUGACUCAGAAACAACUUCACUAUUCGCCACCUCAGAAGAGUCUGACACAACGACUAAGGCAGAAACAUCAGCAACAACACCAACAGAUACAAUUAUAACAACUGAUUCAGAAACAACGUCACCAGUGGCCACCUCUGAAGGGUCUACGUUAUCUGACACAACGACUAAGGCAGAAACAUCAGCUACAACACCAACAGAAACAACUUUACAAAAUACAACAUCAACGCCUCCAGGGAGCACAUAUAGGUACAUACCAACAACGGAACAAGGAACUAAUAUUGAUACUGAUGCUACACCUGCAUCAGCUACUGUAACAGAUGUAAUAACAGACGAAAUCACAGUAAUUACAGCUAGCGAGUCAAAUUAAAUUGCAUAUCA